CGACAGCCUUGGGGACUCGCAGCCUGGUGCUGAUCGACACUGUUCCGUCAGGCGAUUUGAUUCCUAUUCAUUUGCACCGACAUCCUGCGCGGCAGCACCACCACCAGCGCCACCACCAGCACCACCACCAGCAACAGUCCUCGCUGGAUUCUAUUAGGCCCGUUCAUGCGGCCCCGCCCUCGUCCCUGUUCUGAUUCACUUCCCUGCCCCUAUCUGCAGCCACACCUCCCGGGCCGCCCAGGCCACCCCCACACCCCUGCGCAACACCCCCUGUAUCCCUGCACCCCCUUGGUCCUGGCAGCCUCUCUCUUUUAAGUCCCGGGCGUGUCCAUUGAACCAAAUCUUCCCCGAUUUGUCGUCACAAGCUGCCAGCACCAACGCACCUAAAAGUUGGUCCAGCCCGCCGUCGACCGUCCCCGCCGGUCUCUGCAGCUGUCCGCACCUAAAGUCGACCAGAGCCACUACUGCACCUGCGAUUCGAGUGCUGCCGCCCAGCCUAAUCAGCCCAACCCACUACGCUCAUUCUCACUGGUCCAGCUCGCAUACGCAUAUUCUACACAGCAGUCGCGCCCAACUGUCGUCGUUCGCUAUGGCUGGCUUGAUCCCUCUGCGGCUGCAGCCCGCCCCGUCGCCGACUGGCCGCAGGUCGAGCGCCAUGUUCCCGUCUCCCACGAGCCCGAGGACGCAACAACACGCACAGCCGCCACAACAGCCCCAACAGCCCCAACAUAAGGAGCUCCCACCCCGCCCGACAUCGCCGCCGCCGCCGCCACCACCUUGUCGCCCGUCCCACGGCCGGCGCUCCAGCAUGAGCUCCUUCUCGCCCGCGCCCGUGCCAAGUGCCAUCUUGCUGAGCCCGUCCCCGAAGACGUCGCGCGCCAUGAAGCACGUUUCCCAGCCGAAUCUGUCUUGUCUGCCGGUCCUUCCCUACACCCCGAUUGAGUGGAAGAGGACCAUGGCAGAGAUCAAGCGUCACCAUGGUGGAAAGAGAUUCAGGGCCUGCUCGUCUCGAUGCGUCGAGAUCCUGGACAACCUCAAGGAUUCGUCCACUGUCGAGCCAGCCCAUCUUAUCUACCUCCACUUCUACGCCGCCAACUCGCUGGAGAUGCGCGCUCGCCCCUUUCCCAUGGGCACCCUGGCCAGGGGGCAGCUUCUCACACAGGCCAGGAAACACUACGACGAGGCUGCCGCCCUCAUCAUGGCGGCUGAGGUUUCUGUCACGUCCAGGACGCGCUCGGGCUCCGCCUGUGCUUCGGGGCUCUUCACCAUGAACGCCAGCUGCCUCCGCUCCCCCAGCCUCCAUUCGCCGUCCGGCUCCGUCAGCUCCGGCACUUGGUCGACCCCGACUACCAACUCGUCACCUACCAACUCGGUCUGCUCCUUCGACGACAUGCUCAGCAAGUCGUCUUCGCUUGCUCCUUCUCCGCGUUGCUCGGCAAUGGCUUCGACACCCCGCAGCGCAAAGGCCAAGAAGACGGUGUCGUUUUCGCUGCCAAAGGAGGAGACUUUCAAGUUCCCUACCGAGCCCGUCAUCCGCCCGGACUCCCCGACUCUCGGCUUCGACGACGCCUACUUCUCUGCACCCAUUACGAAGCAGGAGCUUCCCGAGCUCCCCAGGGGCCCGGCCGUGGUCCACAUCAUCAGCGAGCCAGAGGAUGGGAGGGAGUUUGCGAGGAUAAUAGGCAGGCAGAAUGAGUACGAGGACGAUCAGGCCUUCUUCAUCGACCCCCUCGACGAGGACGACUAUGACAGGUCCACCGCCCGGUCUGUCUACCGAUACUGCGAGACACUUUCGGUCCUCCGGGCCCAAAUUGCGUCGCACAGCCACAACCUUGACGAGCUCAUGGGCAUGUCAUGCAAAGCCACCGAGGCGGCAUCGCCUGUUUCACCUGCCCUCUCCUGUGGCUCAUUAGACUCGGCGAGCGAAGAGAUGCUAGCAUUAGACCGCCAGGCACGCAUAGAACGACUUCGCCGCCAGGGAUGGCAGCGGAAGCGAUUCGAUGCCUCGAGAUACGAGAGGCUCUGCAACGACGUCCUCGCCGAGCUGUCAUGACCUGGAGCACCAACACCGUGGUCAUCCGACCUCGAGUCUCGACAUGACCUUCUUCCCUUUGUCCUCGAGCGAUUUGAUUUUUACCCAUCCACAUAAUCCAUCUAGACUAUUAACGCCGCAAUUGUAAUCAACACACGCAACGUCAUCACGCUCUAAUACCCGACACGUCUACCUCGCUCUCGCUACCAUUUACCGUUCCUACUUGUCAUUUUCCUACCAACCCUUGAGAUCUUGAUGCCAUCUCGCAAGCACAACAUCACCUGCAAAUUUUAUACCAUGUAUUCCACAACUCAUCGUAUCUCUUUGUUUUUUUCUUUGGCGCAGGGGGUCUCUUGCAUGAGGAUACCCGACUGCCGCUCAAUAUGAGCGAGCGCACACUAAAAAAAAAAAAAAAGGAGAGGUCACGAUGGCCUCGGGGAAGCC